UGUUUUUAAGCUUCUAUACUGCGUGAAUCCACCCACAGGCAACACGAUUCAUUUCUUCUGUUUUAUUGGGGCUAGUUACUGUUUAACCUCUCCACCCAACUUUAAGUUUGUUUAGUAAAUCGAUCUAAUGAGGCUCCCCCAACACUACUAAAUGUAGCCUAUUAACCAAUGUCAGGCUUAUGACAUGUUAAACUCUUUAUGUACUCGUGUGUAAUACUCUCUGUAAUAUCCCGAACUGUUAUUUUAGCGUCAUAUUUUUGACACAUGUUCGUUUGGGUUUUACUGGAUCAAUGCAAAUCAUUGCUGGACGGCGAGAAGAAAGCAUGCCAACAGAGCCCAGCAUCAGUCAAGGAGAUAACGGUUUGAGCACCAGCUGCGCAAUCUGUGGCGACAAAGCCACAGGUAAACAUUAUGGUGCCUCCAGCUGCGAUGGCUGCAAAGGCUUUUUCCGCAGGAGCAUCAGAAAGAGUCAUGUCUACUCCUGCAGGUUUAAUCGCCAGUGUGUUGUUGACAAAGAUAAAAGGAACCAGUGCCGUUUUUGCAGACUUCACAAAUGCUUUCGAGCUGGAAUGAAGAAAGAAGCGGUGCAGAAUGAGAGGGACCGUAUCAGCUCUAGGAGGAACAUACAAGAUUCACAUGACCUGCCGCCUAUUACUUCCCUUGCUCAUGCAGAAGCUCUCUCACAGCAGCAGAUUAACGUUGUCAGCCCAAUGGGCCCUGCUGAUGUUUCAGAGAAAAAAUCAGCCACUAUCGGUGAUGUCUGUGAGUCUAUGAAGCAACAGCUGCUUGUUCUGGUAGAGUGGGCUAAAUACAUCCCAGCCUUCAGCGAAUUGCCACUUGAUGACCAGGUUAGUUUAUUACGAGUCCAUGCUGGGGAGCAUCUUCUACUUGGUGUUGCUAAGAGGUCAAUGAUAUACAAAGACAUCCUGCUUCUAGGUAACGGGUGUGUUAUUCAGCGAAACUGCCCUGAGCCGGAAAUAGGUCGGGUGGCUAACCGUGUCUUAGAUGAACUGGUCUUACCCUUUCAGGACAUCCAAAUUGAUGACAAUGAAUAUGCAGCUCUAAAGGCCAUUGUGUUCUUCGACCCUGAUGCCAAAAGCUUAAGAGCUCCCUCUAAGAUCAAGGCAAUGCGCUAUCAGGUUCAAAUGAGCCUGGAAGACUACAUUAAUGACCGGCAGUAUGACUCGCGUGGGCGAUUUGGAGAGCUUUUGCUACUGCUUCCCACUCUGCAAAGCAUCACCUGGCAGAUGAUUGAGCAGUUGCAGUUUAUCAAGCUUUUUGGCCUAGCCAAGAUAGAUAACCUGCUGCAGGAGAUGCUUCUUGGGGGUCUAACCACAGAGCAGCCUCACCUACAUCACAAUGGUCACCCUCAGGUUCCAAUAACUGGGCAGACCAUAGUCAUUAGCUCUAUACCAGUGCCUGGACACUCACAGCAGAUUGAUUCUCCAGAGACCCCCAUUCCAUCUCCUAAUCCAGUACAGAACCAAGAGGUCUACAAGCCCUCCAGCAGCCCAACUCUCCUGCUACCACCACAGCCCAUGCCAAACAGACCCUCUCCUGAGCCAACCCUAUGAGCCUCCACCAAUCUUUGUCUCUCUAGAGCAGGGUCACUGCAGCCCUUUGUGUUUGUAUGUGUAAACUGUGUGAGGUAUACCCAUCUCAUCGCUAGUGCAACGUAUUUAUUUGCGUGAAAGGACAUUUUUUUAGAUCUUCUUCGGUUCACUGAGACAAAUUUCAACUUAAUUUUCAAAGUGGACUACCACCAAUUGAAAAAUAAUUUUAUUUCACUCAGCAUCUGGAAUGUUAUGUUUGUCAUUGUGGUAAACCUUGAGGUUUCUCUUUUUAUCAUCCUACGACUGGUAACCUAAAUGCCCCUGCACACUUCAUACCAAAUUGAAGAAUGAACAGUGUGACGCCAUAUAGAACAAAAUCUGGCCAAAAUUAAGAUGUUUUGAGUUCAUUUCGGUGGUUCGUAAUAGCUCGCUAGGGAAUCUUUCAGGAAAACUUUGUACCGGCUGCUAAUCACCUUACUGCCUUUGGUCCAUGUCAUUGGUGUGACCUGGAGCUCCACCUACUUUGAGGCCGUCAGCUAAUUCCCGUUAAAUUUUUCAGUCAGUUACGAUCAGUCAACAUGAUCACAUGCAGAGUUAGCGAGCUGGUGCAAACUUACCUACAUCUGUAAGGGGGCUUUCACACUGGUUUGCUGCAGUCCGAUUCCGAGUGCAGUUGUUCCCGGUGUCCCCCGCAGCGUUGGUCUGGUUUCACACUCACUUGAUUCUAUCGAACCCCAGUCCAUUUGCGUUCAUCAUAGGUCAUCACAAACAUGCAUAGUGAACACAAUGCGACUCAUCAUACUUUUUGUUUUUUUGUUAUUUUGGGGCCAUUAUGCACAGCAGAGUGAACAACAACUGCAUAUAUGUGCGCUUCAUGGCGUAACUCAUCAGAUGUCCAGGGGAAGGCGGCUUGCUGCUGCUCGCAUACGGCAUUUUUUGAGGAGACAGCUGAUUGCAAGGAAUUCAUUUGCAUCUUUGUUUACACUGCACGCUUACUCACGCUCAUGUCCUAGGUGAAGUUAUCUCCACUGUCAUCUCCUAUUAUACCCUAUAUUUAUAACCUAUAAUAGUAUUUACAUAUAGUAUUUAUAAGGUGUAUAGAUUGAUAGACAGACAGACAGAUAGAUAGACAGACAGUAUUUAUAGUGUUGAUUGUACUUGUAUGUCAUUGUGGUAUCAUUACUUUUUUGGGACUUUCAGGAAUGUGUGGAUCCUCGUGUGUUGUCGAAACUAAUGAUGUCGUCAUCGGCUAAAACGCAUGCACAGGUUACUUUACUUCCUGAAUGAGUGUGCACCCGAAUCCGAGUUGCUUUCACAUUCAUGCGAAUCGCGCUACAGUUCCAUUGCAACCGAACUCAGACCACCUCCUACAGGUAGUCUCGGGUUCGGUACCACGGUGCACUCCCCGGUCCACAUGACAGAUUUCACAUUACCAGUUUUUCAUGUGAACCGUGCUCUGUUUCGAACUAAACUGCCAGUGUGAAAGCACCCUUAGAUUGUUCUUGUAGAGACAUUUUCCAUGAACAUGUCAUGAGAUUUUAUUUUUGUUUAAUUAGUCUACAAAAGGAAUCAAAUCUCCUCAAAAUGCCCAUUCACUCUGUUGUUUGAUAUGCUGCUUCUUACAUGUGCCAUCUGCAGCCGAAAUCCAUUCACACAUCUGUCCAAAAUAAGACAUGCUGAUCAAUAUUCUUUUGUCUGUAUUCUACCCAUUAACUCUCUUUUAUACACCCAUCUUUGCAGUAGUAUCAGUGUCUUCAUAAAUUACAAUAACAGAGUCUAAUUGGCUCACAUUAUGACCACAAAUAGCAUGUUAGCACAUUAGCGUCAUGAAUGCAAAAGGUAAACAAUACAAAUUACACAUUUUCUAUUGCAAAUAUAUUACUUAUAAUCAUCAUCAAGUUAUUAAAACAGCUUCUUUUAAGGAUUUUGUGUGAAUUCUAGUCAUAGAAUGAGGCAUGAAGUCAUUGAUAACUAGUCAUAUUAGUUGAUGUUUACAUGUACUGUAGUCUUUAGCAUCCUUAUAUUUAAAUGUGCCUCUAAACGCCUCCCUCAGCGGUGUAGCCAGAGUUAGAAUGUUCGCAAACAGUAUGUUGUUGCUUAGCUGUUUCAAACUUCUUUUUGGCUCUGAGCAAAGAAUGAAGAAGCAAUUCCCCGUGAGUGUGCCGGGGCAUUAAUAGGUGUAGACAAUUUUAGUUUAUAAAUAACAAAGUUAAACUUUUUGUAAUAAAAAGUCAAGAUUUAUUUUAUUAACAAAAUCAUGUUAUACUAUGCAAUUCUAAAGGGAUGCUAAAUAAUUUUUGCUUGAAAAUAUGCACUUAAACACAACAAAUAAAUAAUGUGGAGUUGUUGUUUUUGUA